GGUCCUGUCACGCCUCACCGGAGGAGGAAGAGCCUGUUCGGAUGCGAGGGAGCCGCGGACAGCUGGCUGAACAGCGGCCGCAGCGCAGGGACAACCCGGGGACACUGACGCUUGGGUUCGACCCGUUCUGGUUCCUUGUUCCUCGGAUGCAGCCACACGCCCAUGCGAUGCUGUCGGUGGACGUCUCUGCUGUCAGAGUCCAGGUUCGGUUAUUAUAGUAAAUGCAAAGUGUUAGAAUAAACAAAGCGGUUGUGGUGGAACACGCCAACUGGGACUGGAUACUACAGCUAUAGCCUAUAAAUAACGUUAUUAUUAUUAUUAUUAUGGGGUGGCGACCCAUUGAUAGAGACGACAUGGAAAUGGAGUGGAUCUCUUCUUCAUGGCAUUAUUACACUGUAACGCUGCUGCUGCGAUGCCUCCAUGCAAACCUUCACUGACUCUAUCCUCCGCCUUAUUUACACCGUGCGACUGUUUCUGUAGUGGACAUUUAGAAAUUCGCACCUUCUCCUGCAUGAGACGAUUGAUGGACUGAUUGAUUGAUUGAUUGACUGAUUGAUUGAUUGAUUGAUUGAUUGAUUGAUUGAUUGAUUGAUUGAUUGACUGAUUGACUGAUUGACUGACUGAUUGGUGAUCUGCAACUACACUGCGUGCAGAGAGAGCAACAGGAUAAUAAGCAGAACUGGCAGCAUCCCUUCACCACUGCACACCAGUGUCUCCUCCGGUCCAGGACCAGUCUCCAUCUCAGAUGUAGCCCGGCAGAGGCAACUGAAGCAGGCCGCUGCACACACACACGCAGGGGACAAGGAACCGGCUCCGUGCCUGCAGGAUUUAGCCCGGACCGGCUCGGACUCGUCGGGAUGUAGGGCGAGCAUCCGCGGAUGUUUCCAAACGCAGCACAUAGAGGAGGAAAAACAGCUCAUAAUCACCGAGAUGGCAGGCGGGGGAGGUGCGUCUACUCCGGGCUGGAUGAGAAAUAAUGAGGACCCUUGCUCAGAGGAUUUCACCCAGCUCACGCACAGACUGCUGUUUUUAUUGGCCCCAUAAAUAGUCUAUAUUCCAUACUAGGAUUCAUCCUACGAUCAGAGUGUCUCUAUGGCUCUCAAAGUCGAGACACACUAGUUUCCAAUGGGAUGAGGUUGUGUGUUUUUUUUAGACUAAGAGGUUCAAAGAUGUAGCUUUUGUUAAAUUCCUAGCAAUGUAGGGAAUCCAUAAUAAGUAUGCAACUGUUUUUUUUAACUCUAGAUUUGUCUCUGUGAUCAGGACCUCUUCACACUGACUUCACCGGACCUGCUGCUUCUUAGAUAAACUCAUAUUCACAUCUACUGGGAGAGCAGCUUUUUAAAGGACUCCAUCGUGGAAACAAUCAAUGAGGUUUACACUCAUAGAUCUGCUCUGCUCAGAGUCACUGUUUGACCUGGUGUACAUUGUCCCUAAAUGAACUUGCCCUUGGGGAUACAUGUUACUUACACACUGCAUAGCAACAGCACAGAAGCAACCAGGGACAGGAUUUGGCACAGUUUCAGCAGAGAGAUGUUGUGAUGGGGGGGAGCAGUUUCAGCUCUCUGAUCCUCUGAUCCCCUCUCCCCCCCGCUGGUGGUCGAGGACCCUUCGUCUCAGUCAAUGGGCUCUGUAUGGAUUUUGAGCCUAAGUUGACAGUGGACAGGCCGACAGCGUCAAAGAGCAGCCAGGCCACCAUGCACCCGUACGGGAGAGCGGGCAGCACAGCAGCCCCCAUGUCCUGCUCCAGCUGUGGGGGCUCCUGCUCCCCACCUCCCCCCGGCCUAAUCCCGCCUGGACCCCCCUACACUACCUCCUCCUCAUCCUUCAUGCCCCUGAAUAUGACCCCUCCUCCGCCAAUGUGUCCGGCUCCAGUUGCCCAGGUGGAGAACGGCCGCAGCUGGAACUCCUCCACCCUCUCUUCCUCUGGCUCCCCAGACUCCCACCCUGGUCCCCGAUGUGGAGCCAACAACCCCAACCCCUACUGGACGGCAGUGUUCGACUAUGAGGCCACAGCAGAUGAGGAGUUAACCCUUCGACGUGGGGACCUCCUUCAGGUUCUCUCUAAAGACUCCAAAGUGUCCGGGGACGAGGGUUGGUGGACGGGUAAGAUCCAGGACAAGGUGGGUAUCUUUCCAAGCAACUACGUCACGAAAGGGGACGCUGCUAGCUACCAGCAGCUGACCGCAGGUGGGCUGGUGGCAGGUGGGGUGGGGGAAUGCCCCUUGGAAGUAGACUUCUCAGAACUGCUCCUGGAGGAGGUGAUAGGAGCCGGUGGAUUUGGGAAAGUAUACAGAGGAGUGUGGCGAGGAGAGGAAGUGGCUGUAAAGGCUGCUAGGCAAGACCCUGAUGAGGAUAUCAGUGUCACAGCCGAGAGCGUGCGCCAGGAAGCCCGGCUGUUCUGGAUGCUCCGGCACCCCAACAUUAUUUCAUUGCGUGGUGUCUGCCUGGGGGAGCCCAACCUGUGCCUAGUGAUGGAGUACGCCCGAGGAGGGGCUCUGAACCGGGCCCUGGCUGGAAAGAAGAUUCCUCCGAGGGUUCUGGUGAACUGGGCGGUCCAGGUUGCCACAGGGAUGGACUACCUGCACAACCAGGCAUUCGUAUCUAUCAUCCACAGAGACCUGAAGUCCAGCAAUAUCCUCAUUCUAGAGCCAGUGGCGCGGGACGACCUGUACGGGAAGACCCUGAAGAUCACAGACUUCGGUCUGGCCAGAGAAUGGCACCAGACCACCAAGAUGAGUGCGGCAGGGACGUAUGCCUGGAUGGCGCCCGAGGUCAUCAAGCUCUCCCUCAUCUCCAAGAGCAGCGACGUGUGGAGUUUUGGCGUGUUACUCUGGGAGCUGCUGACCGGCGAGGUUCCGUACCGGGAGAUAGACGCACUGGCCGUAGCUUACGGAGUCGCCAUGAACAAGCUAACGCUUCCAGUCCCCUCGACCUGCCCUGAACCUUUUGCUCAGCUGCUGGCAGAAUGCUGGAGCCCCAACCCCCACAGCAGGCCGUCGUUCACCAACAUCCUGAUGCGGCUGCUGGCCAUCGAGCAGUCGGCCAUGUUCCAGAUGCCUCUGGAGUCGUUCCACUCCUUACAAGAAGACUGGAGGCUGGAGAUCCAGCAGAUGUUUGACGAGCUCCGGGCCAAAGAGAAGGAGCUGAGGUCCUGGGAGGAGGCGUUGGCUCGAGCGGCCGAGGAGCAGAGGGAGCAGGAGGAGCAGCUGAGGAGGAGAGAGCAGGAGCUGGCUGAGAGGGAGAUUGACAUCGUGGAGCGAGAGCUGAACAUCAUCAUCCACCAGAUGUACCAGGAGAAACCCAGCGUGAAGAAGAGGAAGGGCCACUUCAAGAAGAGCAGACUCCUGAAGCUGGGCCGAGACAGCAACUGCAUCAGCCUGCCCUCUGGAUUUGAGCACAAGAUCACAGUGCAGGCGUCUCCCAGUGUGGACAAGAGGAAGACCCAGGGCAGCGAGAGCACCACCCCCCCUGCCAGCCCAGGAGUCAUUCCCCGGCUGAGAGCCAUCAGAUUGACACCGAGCGAUGGCAGCAAGACGUGGGGACGCAGCGCCGUGUGCAAGAAGGAAGACCUGGCGACCAACAAGAAGAAAGGAAGAACCUGGGGGCCGAGCUCCACCCACCAGAGGGAGAGGCUCGGGGGGGAGGACAAGCUGAAAUCUCUGGGUGAGGGAAGUAAAGUUUGGUCGUCCAGUGCCCCAAACCUGGGAAAGUCCCCCAAACACGCCCCCAUGACUGCUGGCUUCUCCAGCCUGAACGAAAUGGAGGAGUGCAGUGAGUUUGAGGAGUCACCGGGCUCCCUGCAGCCGUCAGAGAGCAGCAGUAAUGGGGCUGCAGACGACUCGGGGUCUCUGUGGAGCAGCUUGGGCCCCAGCACCAUGCCUGCUGUGGGUGUGUCUACUACGAGCACAGGUCACGGCCCUGGAGGCCCGGGAUCGGGGGUGAGCUACCAGGACUCGCUCCGGCGCUGCAACCAGAGGAAGAAGAGCGACCUGCUGCUGAUGGGCUGUGCCUCUCUGCUGGCGUCCGUCGCCUUCGGACACGACCUGCUGCAGCUGGGAAAACUGCAGGUGCUUCAGGACGAGCAGGACCUCAGAGAGGAGCAGAGGAAGAAGAAGGACGGUCUCUUCCAGCGGACGGGACGCUUCCGGCGCAGCACGUCUCCCCCCAGCAGGAACCUGUCCCUGUCCCUGUCCAGACACCAGGACUCCUCGCUGCCCUGCUUGGACCCCUCCCCCUCUGUGACACUCCUCUCUCUCUCCUCCCUGUCCGACUGCAACUCCACAAAGUCCCUCCUCCCCUCAGACCCGGACGAGUACUCCCUGACCCCCUCGACAGGAGUCAAGACGCCGGCGGCUCCUCCGGCCCCUCACCUCAACCCGCUGUUGGACCUGCGGGCGGAGAGCUUCAAGAAGGAGCCCAACCAGUCGCUCACGCCCACCCACGUGUCUGCCACCAUGGCCCUGAACAGAGGGCACAGACGCACCCCCUCAGAGGGGGCGAUACGACCCCGAGCCCAAACCCUGGGACACCGCAGGACUCCGUCGGACGGGAGCAUGCCCAUGCCUCCUCCACCGGGGGCGCCGCACAUCAAAGGAAACAAAGGUACACAGGACUCCCUGGACAUCCCUCGCCUCCCCAACCCCUCCACCAUCUUCCCGAUCCCCCAGCGGCGCAAAGCCCCGGCUCCACCCAUCCCCGUCCCGGAUCCUCUCAUCAGUCCCCCGGAGAGACCCAAGACGCUGGAGUUUGCCCCCCGGCCGCGGCCCACCCCAGUCAGGAUGAGAGCCGACCCCUGGAAGCUGGGCUCUCUCUCCCGGACCCUGAGCUCGUCGCCGGGCAGCAGCUGCGACAGCCCGCUCGGCUCCGGGGACAGCGGCGCUGGCCCGGUGCGGCCCAGCCUGAUGGACAUGGACAUGGAGGGACAGAAUUUAGACCCCACCAUCCCUCUGUGUGGAAAGCAGAAGCCUGCCACUCUGUGUGGACAGCAAUACUCAUAGUGAAACAUUUAAACGUGUCCCAGGACGUUAGAGCUGGAGAAUAAAGAAUGCCUUCUGAUGUCUGAGCCGAGCAAAGUGCACUCGCUGAAGUUCGCAAAAACGAACCUGUCCUGUUUUAGGCACUUACUGGAAGCCAUCCCUCUCAUGUGCACAUUUAGCGUCCUAAUAAGGUGGCAGCAAGCCUUCCCCUGCAGCGCUCUCUCACCUGUAGACACUGAGGGACCACAGAGGUCUCGUUAAAGCCUUCCUCACCUGCACUACUUCCCUCCUUCCUCGGACGCCAUCUCUACCUGCAUCUACGUGACCAGGUUACAUUUUCCUCUGAGACUCACGACCUUCUUAAAGCCAGUCGAAUGCUUAAAGGGCCACUUGUUUGACUUUGCUAAAUGUUCACUUCAAUGCAUCUGCUUGUGCGUCUGCCGCCCGUCUGUGUAGCCGCUUCACUUCCUGCUCGCCUCGUCCUUUUCUCUCUCUCCCACUCCACAGAAAUCUCCCAUCGUUCACGCUUUCACCCAAACAUUCACUUUCAUCGUUUCAGGAGUUUUUCCAUGAGAAAAACAAGAGCUAGACUUUUUUUUUGUAACUUCCUCACAGAAGAGUGUUCUUGUUCUUAUUUUGCACGCUGGUUUUUCUGCCGGACCACAAACAUCUCCCACAAUUCCUCACGUGUCAUCUCGUCAUCCACUUCCUUCCAAGACUAAAACAGGAAAAAGCCUUUUUUCCCCCAAAGCACUGGACGGGAGAUCUCCUCAGCCUUGUACAUUUAAAAUCAUAGAGUUUAUUUUCUCAGUGCUUGCACCACCCCUGCCGCGAACCUGUCAGCGGAAGUGUUUUUCUAUUGGUUUGGCAGACCAGGUGUGUGUCUCUGUGUGUGAGAGUGUGUAUAUUAACUGUACGUGUGUGGAUGAACAAAACUGGUUCCUAUGUGUGUACUGGUGCUUUUUUAGUGCAUGUUGUUUUACGUAUGAAUGAUCGGAGCACUUCUUCAGUAAGACCGCACACACAUCCUCGGCUGUUUGUCCUUUUUUCUUUUUUUUUAUUAAGAAACCGUUCCUCACUAACAGUCAGUAGCACCCUAACGAACGCCAACUAACACUGGACAACCAGAAUAGAAAACACUGAGGGGAAACUAAAAAGAAAACUACCUGAUUUCAACGCCAACCUCAUGUUUUAUGUGGGAUCGUUUGGAAGCGUCGCCUUCUCUCCUCUGACCUGCUCCGUUCGGCAUUGGUCACCCCCCCCCCACAACCAGUUCGGCGCUGUGGACCAGUGGCUCUCGCCGCCGCCGACCAAUCAACCUUUAUCUCCGCAGUCGUUUUCGUACAGUGGACAGUGCGUCUUUUGGGCGGCAGAUGGUAUUUUACUUGACUGUGCAAGUUUCUCUCGGUGAGUGUGUGAGCGUGAACAUGAGUGUGUGUUAUUGUUUAUAUGGGAUCUUGACAAUCCCGUUUGUUCGAAGGGCGAGCCCAAAAAGUUCAUUCUUCGCGUGUGGUUAAGAACACUGAGUAUUUAUUAUUAAAUUUAUUGUUAUUAUCGGUAAAGGAUUAAUUAUUAUUAUUAUUAUUAUUACAAUGCUCUUCCUGGGAUGUCUGUAUAUAUUUGUUAACAUAACAGGAAACACCAAGGAGAACCUUGAAAACUGCUCACUGAAACGUCCAUGUUGUCUCCAGUCUCAUCUGUGACAUUACAUUUUCUUCGAUGAGGAAUACGGCGAGAAAUGUGAUGAAUGAGAGAUGAAUAAAAAAGAAAGAAAGAAAGAAAGAUUCAU